AUGGCUCAGGACAUAAUAGAAAAAGUCGAGGGCCCUACCGAAUGGGUCUCUCCAGUAGUUCCUAUAGUAAAGAGAAGCGGUGAGAUAAGAUUAUGCGUGGCCAUGCGACGAGCAAACGAAGCGAUUAUUCGAGAAAGGUAUCCAUUACCAGUAUUAGAGGAUAUUUUAAAUGUAGUUGGAGGAAAUAAUUGGUUCACUACAUUGGAUGUUAAAAAGACGUAUCAUCAAAUUGAAUUAGAAGAGGAAUCAAGAAAAAUUACUACUUUUGUAACAGAUUCAGGGCUAUAUCGGUAUAAAAGAUUAAUGUUUGGAAUAAGCUGCGCUCCAGAAAUUUUUCAAAGAAUUAUUAGGUCAAUUUUGAAGGAUUGUAAAGGGACUAUAAAUUUUAUGGACGAUAUAAUUGUUUGUGGAAAGACACGGGAAGAACAUGACGAAAGAUUAGAAAAAGUUUUAGAAACGCUGAAAGAGAAAGGAAUAACUUUGAAUAAAAGAAACGGAUAUCAACCGUUAGAAUCAAAAGUAGAAGCAGUAGAAAAGUUCCAAAUACCUAAAAUGGCGGAGGAAAUACGUAGUUUUCUGGGACUAGUUAAUUUUUGUGCAGCAUUCAUUCCCAAUUUAGCAACAAUUAGUGAACCAUUAAGAAGAUUGACAAGAAAAGGAAUAAAAUUUCUAUGGGAAAAAGAACAAGAUAGAGCGUUUAAAAUUUUGAAAAGGAGUUUAGCAAGCGCGCAAACGUUAGGAAUUUUUAAUAUAAAUGCAAAAACAAGGGUAAUAGCGGAUGCAAGCCCAGUAGGAUUGGGAUGCGUAUUAACCCAACGGGACGACAAAAAUCAAUGGCGGAUAAUUAGCUACGCGAGCAGAAGCUUGUCAGAUUGCGAAAGGCGAUAUUCACAAACAGAAAAGGAAGCAUUAGCGUUAGUAUUCGCAUGUGAAAGAUUUUAUAACUGGUUGUACGGAAUAGAAUUUGAAUUAGUGACAGAUCACAAAGCGUUAGAAUGUAUAUUUGCACCGCGCGCAAAACCGAAUGCGAGAAUAGAACGAUGGGUUUUACGUUUACUACCAUUUAAAUAUAAAGUCAUAUACGAAAAAGGAAAAUCGAAUAUAGCAGUUGUACUGUCGAGACUCUGUGGUAAAGAGAACCGAAAAAAAGAAUUCGAAGAGGACGUGCAUUAUAUUCGAUGGGUAACAACGGAAUCAGUACCAAAAGCAAUGACAUUAAAAGAAAUUGCGAUAGCGUCAAAAGAGGAUAAGAAAAUAAAAGAAGUAAAAUUAGCGUUACAAACAGAUGAUUGGGACGCAUUGAAAAAUUCGCGAAAUACGCGUAUAAUUAUACCCGAAGCGUUGCAAAGGACAACAUUAAUGUUAGCACACGAAGGACACCCAGGAAUUGUCGCAAUGAAACAGCGGUUACGAAGUAAGGUUUGGUGGGAAGAUAUAGAUAAAGAUGCAGAAAAAUUUGUUAAAUCCUGUAAAGGUUGUCAAUUAGUUCAACGUCCGAUAGAACCACCACCUGUCAAACGAAAUCAGUUACCAGAAAAAGCAUGGGAAAUAAUCGCGAUAGAUUUAAUGGGACCAUUCCUAACAGGGGAAUAUUUGUUAGUAACUACCGAUUAUUAUAGUCGAUUUGUAGAAGUAGCAAUUCUUAAAAGGAUAUCGGCGAAAGAAAUACAAGAAGAAUUAUUCGAAUUGUUUGCGAGACACGGUUUACCAAGGACAAUUGUAUGCGAUAACGGUCGUCAGUUUACGGAUGAAGGGUUAAAAGAUUGGUUAAAUUCCUACGGAGUAAAAGUGGCGCAUGUAGCACCGUACUGGCCACAGGCAAACGGAGAGGUAGAGAGACAGAAUAGGAGUAUCUUAAAAAGACUAAAAAUAGCAUAUGCGCAAAAGAAAAAUUGGCGUAAUGAACUGUUAACAUUUCUAAUGAUGUACCGGUCAACUCCACAUUCAGUUACAGGAGUAACCCCCGCGGAAUUAUUGUUUAAUAGAAAAUUAAGAACAAAGAUACCGGAAAUAGAUAAUAGUAGUAAAUUCGUAGAGGAAGAAAUUAGAGAGCGCGAUAAAUGGUUAAAAGAAAAAGGAAAACAAUAUUACGAUAAAGCAAAUAGAGCUAAGGAGUGUGAAUUAGGUCAAGGGGAUCGCGUAUUAAUCAGAGCCCCGAAAGAGAAUAAACUAAGUCCAAAUUUCAGCCCGGAGGAAUAUAAAGUAAUUGACCGAAAAGGAAAUUCAGUAACACUAGAAUCAGAAGAAGGAAGGAAGUACAAAAGAAAUUUAACGCAAGUAAGAAAAGUAAUAGAUUUAGAAAGCGAAGAAUCAGAAAACGAGGAGGAAGAAGUAGUUAGUAAGAAAAAGGAAAGAGUAGGAGAUGAUCAGAGUAGAACAGAAAGGGACAAAAAUGAAAAAGUUGUAGUAAGAAGAUCUCAGCGCGAAAGAAAACCGCCGGAGCGAUAUGGCGAUUAUAGAGCACAUUCGUUAGUUGGUAAUUAA